AUGAAUAGUGGUUUGUUCACGGUGUUGGUGGAACGCUCGCCCUGGCAUGGUGCCGGGCAGGUAGCGGGCGCGGGCGGGCGCAGGCCCCACACAAGCAGCCGCGUGUGUUCCCCAGCGUCGUCUAUGGCCGAGCAACACAUCACACCGUCGUCGCACUCUGCACUUACGAGAGAGUCCACCAGGUCUUCUCCAAGCAGGGUGGUGGGCGGCCGGUGGUUGCGUCAAGUUCGUAAAGUGAACCGUAGUCGUCGCAGCAGACGCAACGUGAUCUCGCCAUUGCCGCGCACCAGUCGACAUUCAUCAACCCGCACAGACAGCGCUGAACCUCGCGCUCAGGUCGAGCUACGGAGGAGCUCCAGGCUCGUCAGUACUUUACCACGUUCUGAUUACUCCAUCUUCGAGCGUUGGUCCUACGGCACAGACGUAUACGAAACCCGUUACGACACACCUCAUUACAAGCACGGAGAUUCGUCCAAAUCGUCAGCUAACACCAAGCGUGGCCGUACGUCUUCGCAUGACAGGAAGAAACAUAAAAGCCACAAUACAUCGAAUAGCAAUACAGACGAUUGUGUAGCAUAUUGUACACGCUCACGGACUGCUCUUAAAUCUAGUGAGAGUGUUUGUGAGCAGGCUCCGAAUAAUAUAAAGGCGAACACAUCAUCGCGUCAGUCUACGAGCGCUAACGCAACAGAAACAUCAUCAGAACAGCAGACGAACCAAUCGGAAGGUGGUCUCUUGCCGCUCGACGAGAGAGACUUCGCUUACUCCCCGUUCAGUUCGUCUACUAUAACAGAGUUACUGGACUCUGAUUAUUCAGUGUACAGUCCCACUGCCAGCCGCAGGAAGGGUAAGAAGAGGAAACGUUCGACACAUCGCUCCCUGCCAUACAGGAAGAGCAACUGUCUGCUUGACAUAGAGGAGUGCAGGAAGAAAUUUAAAAUAGACCCACACAAGGAAGCGGCCGAGACUAGCACCAACGACAUAGCUGAAACUAGCCCAGAAUACGAACCUGAAUCUAGGGAGACACCCUCCAACCAGGCUUGCUCGUAUCGACUGCGCAAUAGACAGAACCGUGAUCUUGGGAGCUCCAACUCAUCUGUGCUGAUCUCAGUUGUCAAUUCAGCGAGUCCGUCAACAAGCGACGUGGUACAGCCGCAGGCGGCGACAGAACGGAAAAGCACCUCCGACACACGGAAGACAAGUACACCACCGCCGUACAAGGACCUGCAAGAAGCGAGCUCCUCGAAGGGCAGUGGUAGCAAACUACUCAUUGUCCCACGAGAUCUACCAUACUUACGUCAAACUAACGCGAGAAGGAGUAUCGCUGCUGCAACGGGUGCGACCCUGGGUGCUUGCUGGACGAGGGGUGCCAGUACUUCUCAACGGCAAAGACAGGAUACUGCCACUAAGAGACAGUCGGCCGGUGAGGAGGCAGGCAGCAGCGCGGGCGGGGGGCGGCGGACGCGGGCGCGCGACAUGCCGCAGCCGCACACGCCCUCCACCAGACGCGACAAGCGAGGAAAAAGCAGCCUGGGUUCGUGUGCCAGUACCGGUGGCGCUUCCAGCCGUUCGCAUCCGCAGCCUCUAAACACGGGUGCCAUAGCCUCUACGUCGUCUACACCGCCAGUGUCAGCUGCAGCCGCAUCAAUGCCGGACAACGCAUCCAACGAAGCCAAGCCCAAGGGCAAAGCUUCGUCGUCAGAGGAGUGUUCGGGUAUGGCGGGCGCAGCGGGGGUGGCGGGUACAGCGGGGGGCAGCGGCGCGGGGGCCAGCGCUGUGGCUGAGGAGUCCUCCUCGGAGGAGGGCGAAGUUGGCCGCCUCCAGGCCCUGCUAGAGGCUAGGGGCCUGCCACCACAUCUACUGGGCGCUCUUGGACCGCGUAUGCAGCACCUACUUCAUAGAACAGUCACUGCUAACUCAGCUGCUUCCAAGGCCGCCCAGCUGUUGUCGGGCUUGCAGGCGACGGGUGAUGAAGGCCAGCAGUUGCAGGCGGUCAUCGAGAUGUGCCAGCUGUUGGUGAUGGGCAACGAAGACACCCUCGCCGGCUUCCCCGUGAGGCAGGUCGUGCCCGCGCUGGUCAACUUGCUCGCUGCUGAACAUAACUUCGAUAUGAUGAACCACGCGUGUCGUGCGUUAACAUAUAUGCUGGAGGCGUUACCCCGCAGUAGUGGGGCAGUAUCACUUGCUGUGCCGGCAUUCGUGGACAAGUUACAAGCUAUAACAUGUAUGGAUGUGGCUGAACAGAGUCUCACGGCCCUGGACAUGCUGUCAAGGAGACACUAUAAGGAUAUAUUGAAAACGCGUGGUGUGUCCGCUUGUCUCACGUACCUGGAUUUCUUCUCUAUAAACGCCCAACGAGCCGCACUCUCGAUCACGGCUAACUGCUGUCAGAAUCUCACCUCGGAUGAAUUCCACCUCGUUAGGGAUUCCCUGCAAUUACUUGCUAAUAGAUUAACCAUACAAGACAAGAAGUCCGUUGAGUGCGUGUGUCUAGCAUUUUCACGUCUCGUGGACAGUUUCCAACACGACCCCGCCAGGCUGCAAGAGAUUGCAACGCCGGAAUUACUCACUAAUUUACAACAGCUUUUGGUCGUUCAGCCGCCCCUGAUCUCAGGCAGCACGUUCAUAACGGUGCUGCGUCUGUUGUGGGUGAUGUGUGCAGCGUGUCCUCAGCUCGCGUUAGCUCUACACCAGCGCUCCAUCGCGGAUACGCUGCUCUGUCUGCUCACAGGAUCUACGCUGCACCAGGAGCAAGUGGAAUUGAUACCUCGUCUGCCGCAAGAGUUGUAUGAGAUCACUUGUCUGAUCGGCGAGCUGAUGCCUCGCCUGCCGACUGACGGGAUCUUCGCAGUAGACGCUCACCUCGACCGACCGUGGUCCGCGCCCGCCGAGCGAGCAGCGUUGUGGCAGUGGAGAGACGAUAGAGGUGUGUGGCGCUCGUAUUCAUGGGCCGAAUGUCGUGCACUAGAGGCGGGUGCGGCGGCUGGCGAGGAGGAGGUGUGUCUGAGUGCGCUGGGACGCUCUUACACCGUGGACCUGACGGCCAUGCAGCAGCUCAACGACCACACGGGCACCGCCAGACCUGUGCAGCGCCUCGCGCCCGGCCCGCACCCUGCAGACCCGGCUACCGGGACGGCAGCUGUGACGGACCCCCGUAUCGCGAUGGUUCGCUGCAGCCCGUCCCUGGUGCGUGCUCUGCUGGGUGUGUUGCACGAAGUGUAUUGGAGCUCAGCGGGGCCCGCGCUACGUGCUCAGGCGUUAAAGGCGAUCCUACGAGCCGUGUACUACGCGGAUGCACCGCUACUACGACAAGUCCUUAAGACUCAGGUGAUAUCAUCCCACAUAGCUGGUAUGAUGGCUUCCAGUGACCUUCGUAUCGUCGUGGGGUCGCUCCAGUUGGCGGAAAUCUUAAUGCAGCGCCUUCCAGAGGAGAUGGGAGUGCAGUUCCGUCGUGAGGGAGUGCUGCAUCAAGUUGCGCAACUGGCAGAGCGGCCUCCCGGUCACCAGCCGCCCAGGCAGGCUAAGAUUAAGUCUCCGAGCGCAGCCAACGUUCGUUCAAGCGGAGGGUCGUCUCCCCCCGCCUCCACAUCAGCUACCUCCCUCGAUCAUCACAAUUUAUCACUCGCCUUCUCAGCAUCUGGAUCUUUCAUUGCGAGCUCACUGUUGGGCGGCAGUGAUAGCGGUAGUUCAGAAGCCGGUCCGGCGACAUCCGCAUCCGCAUUACAGACAACAACAACAGUACAUAGGUCGGGCAGUCCUCUACAGUUAGCGGAGAUGUUGAAACGUAAACGUGCUGUGAAGCGGUCCGGGGGCUCCGGGGCGGGGUCCCGUCCGCCGCGGCGCAGAGACGACCACGCGCCCCCCGCCGCCCCGCACACCGCACCACCCACCACCACCGCUGCUACUGCUGUUGCUGCUCAUUCAUCAGGUGCGGGUUCAGGCGGUCGUUCAGGUCGUGUGGGCAGUCUGUCCAAGACAUCGUCGUUCCUGUCUUCGUUAAACCCGUCCCGCUGGGGUCGCUCGCCACACGCUCAUAAAGACUCUGCUCUACUAGCCGCCCCACACUCCUCAACUAAUCUCACCGUUCAGAACAAAGAGAAAGUCCGCGAAUGGAUCCAAUGGCGUGCGGCUCGUCUUCAACGCGAGUGGGGCGCUCUGGGUGGAGGCGCGGGGGCUCUGGAACAACUGGCUGCUCUCGCCACGGCUCUACCGACACGACCUCCCACACAACAAAGGGCUGCGUUACACCAGCUAAGAGAUACUCUGCUCAACAACGAUGUCUCGCCGUUCGAAGUGAAUCACUCGGGCGUGUUGGGAGCUCUGUUACAGUUCCUGACCGGUAGUGAUCCGGAUAAUGAACGCGAGGCGGAGGGCGAGGGCAGGGAUUCAGCGGAGCAGGUGGCCGCUUGCGAGGAACGACUGCGGCUCUUCCUACAUGUGUUCGCUGAUAUGCCAUUAGUACCUGACGACAGCGAGUGGUCUAGUCGUGCGAGUGGCGCCGGGGCGUGGAGCGUGUGUUCGGGCGCGGCUCCUCUAGCGGCGCUUGUGGCCAAAGUGAACGCGUGCGUGUCUCACUUGGAACAGUUUCCGGUCAGAGUGCACGACUUACCGGCCAGACCAGCCACCUCCGCGCUCAAGUUCUUCAAUACGCAUCAGCUCAUGUGUGAUCUCAAACGUCACCCUACCUGCUCUAAUUUAAAGCAAUGGAAGGGUGGUGUGGUCCGGAUAGACCCGUUAGCAUUAGUGCAGGCUAUUGAAAGAUAUCUCGCUCAGCGUGGGUAUGCCAGUGCGCGGCCUCGUGAGCCUAGUGCGGUGCAGUCAGACGACGAACCGGCCUCGGAUGAUGACGUCGACGACACACUCGCUACACCACCACACAACCCUACUGAUGUGGACCAUAAGCUGGAGUUCUUAAUAGGUGACACUGUGUUGCCAUAUAACAUGACUGUAUACCAGGCGGUCAGACAAUUUGGAGAGCAAACGGAUGCUGACACUGAUACUGAAACACCAUUAGCGAAUGCUGGUAUCUGGGUACAAACUCACACGAUUUACUACCGCGCGGUGGAAGCCGGCGAACUUCCACGUUCAGACGCGACCACCUCCCGCAAGGGGAAAGGACAGCCCACCAAGCUAUCAUCACGACGUAAACCGGAUCUAUUGUGGAACGAGGGCGUGGUCCCAGUGACGUCAUCGCCGCUGGUGGCUAUGAUCCGCGCGGCGCUGGGUGCGGGCGAGGUGCGGGACGCGUCCCUCCCCGCCCUAAGCCUGCUGCGUGCUCUACACGCGCUGUCCCGUCACUGGCACACGCUGUACCGCGCCGCCUGUCUACCAGACCAUAGACCGCUCGUACCCAACGCUGAUUUCAUCAACGCCAAGCUGGCAGCUAAGGCGAAUAGACAACUUCAAGAUCCUUUGGUUAUCAUGACCGGAAAUCUUCCUCCGUGGCUUAAAAAGAUCGCGUAUGCCUGUCCGUUCGUGUUCCCGUUCGAGUGUCGUCACCUAUUGUUCUACGUGGUGUCGUUCGACCGUGACCGCGCGCUCCAGAGGCUGCUAGAAGCGGGCGGUGAGCGCGCGGCGGCCGGCGCUGACGAGCGGGUCGCGCCUCGUCUGGACCGACGCAAACGGACCGUCCAGAGACACAGCGUGCUCCGACAGGCUGAACAUGUUAUGAACGAAUUCGCUCACUCUAAGGCUUUACUUGAAAUUCAAUACGAAAACGAAGUCGGUACCGGUCUGGGGCCAACUCUCGAAUUUUAUGCUCUUGUGUCCCAAGAGCUACAGCGUGCAGAUCUCGAUUUAUGGCACGGAAGUGAGAACUUCAAACAGAAACCGACGUCUUUCGGUGGGGAGAUAGUGAAGAGCCAGCCGGUGGUGACCGAUCGCUCAUCGGACGCCGCAUCGAGAUUAGCGUCUUCCGUUCGUGAUGCCUUGAAUCUCGAUGAGGAACGAUCUCCAGAGCCUUCAGACUUAGAGAAGGAGACUCUGAUCCCAUCCCCAGCGCCCGACGCUACAUACGUUUCGUGGGCAUGUGGUCUGUUCCCACAGGCGGUCGGCCGCAACGCUAGGGCCUCACAUCUAUCAAGAGUCAAAGCGAAAUUCCGCUUCCUCGGCAAAUUUAUGGCUAAAGCUGUAAUGGACUCUAGGAUGGUGGACAUACCCCUGUCCGUGAGUAUGUACCGCUGGGUGGUGUGUGAGCAGUCGUGGCUGGGGCUGAGUGAUGUGCGUCACGUGGCACCGGAGCUGUGGCGGUCGUUGUGUCGCCUCAGACGUGUGGCGGACAGGGCGCAGGCCAUCGCCGCUGACAACAGGCUCACUAGUGAACAACGAACACAUAUGGUAAAUGCUUUGGAGCUGGACGGCUGUCCCAUUGAGGAGCUCGGUCUAGACUUCAUACUCCCUGGAGACGGCUGCACCGAGCUCAGGCGAGGCGGCCGAGACCUGCCCGUUACCGCUCACAACCUGCACGAGUACAUUACACUCGUCACACACUGGCUGUUGUAUGAAGGUGUUGUUAAGCAGAUGGAAGCAUUCAAGGAAGGAUUUGAGUCUGUAUUCCCAUUAAAUAAUUUAAAAAUAUUUUAUCCCGAGGAAUUGGAACAAGUUUUCUGCGGAAGUCCGUCGGGUGGUCGAGACCAAAGAUGGGAUCCCCGUCUGCUUGCUGAAUGUAUUCGUCCCGAUCACGGUUACAACGCGGAGUCACGGGCUAUAAGGAUGCUUAUUGAUAUAUUAGCCUCAUACAGCCGUGAGGAACAACGGCUUUUCUUACAAUUCGUUACCGGAAGUCCGCGUCUUCCAACCGGAGGUUUUAAGGCUUUGAACCCUCCAUUGACGGUAGUUCGGAAAUCUUUGGAGUCCUCGCUGGACCCAGAUGAGUACCUGCCGUCAGUGAUGACCUGCGUCAACUACUUAAAGCUGCCAGACUACAGCAGCGCGGAGGUGAUGCGAGCCAAACUAAGGCUCGCUGCCUCCGAGGGCCAGCACUCCUUCCACCUCUCGUAA